AUUCCGGAAGUGGCGGGUUACGUUAACCUGUGGCGGGCCCGGCCGUUCUGGAGCCUGAAGUUUUAGUGGCGGUGGAGGCAGCCGUCGGGAAACGGCAAGAUGUCACUUGUCAGAGUGAACCGUUAUGGUACCCGAGGAGGAGGAAGGAAAGCGCUGAAAGUAAAGAAGAAGAAAACGUCAGUGAAGCAAGAAUGGGAUAAUACUGUGAAUGAUCUUACAGUUCAUCGGGCAACUCCUGAGGAUCUGAUACGUCGUCAUGAAAUACACAAAUCAAAGAACAGAGCAUUAGUACACUGGGAACUGCAAGAAAAAGCUUUGAAGAGAAAAUGGAAGAAGCAGAAACCAGAAAUUUCUCAUCUUGAGAGAAGGAGAUUAUCUAUCAUGAGGGAGAUUCUUUCUGAUCAAUACCAGAUGCAGGAUGUUUUGGAAAAAUCUGAUCAUUUGAUGGCUGAAGCAAAAGAUCUAUUUGUUGAUUUUCCUCGUAGGCGCACAGGGUUUCCGAAUGUAACAGUGGCUCCUGAUUCCUCUCAGGGUCCCAUCGUGGUAAAUCAAGACCCUGUCACCCAGGCCAUUCUUAGUGAAUCUGUCAUAGAGCCUCAGGCUCUUAAUGAAGUAGAUGAUGAAGAAGAAGAAGGAACCGUUAACAGCCAGUCUGGAGAAAGUGAGAAUGAAUUGGAUAACUCUAUCAACUCUCUGUCAAAUACGAAUGUAGACAGGUUUCUCCACCAACUAAAGGAAGAUAAUUCUGACUUAAUUAAAAAAUUGUGGACUGAUAUUCAGCAGAAAAUAACAACACAGUCACAAGUAACAACCCUUCCAGAAACUCCAUCAUCUGCUCCUCCAUCAGGGGAACAAAACGCUGCUCUGAAUGCUACCAAUGCUGUCAAGAGAAUCCACACCAGGCUUCAAUCUGAAGAAUCUACUGAGACUCUAGACUCAAGCUAUGUUGUGGGACAAGUGCUGAACUCAAGGAAGCAAAAACAGUUGUUAAAUAAAGUGAAAGGAAAACUGGAUUCUCAUGCUCCUUCCAAGCAGAAAAAGAGCAUACUAACAGCUAGCACAGCCUCCACAGACUUACCAAAUAGCAAUAAUUCCAGCCUGGAUGUCCUCAAACACAUGAUAAAUGAAGUGGAACAUGAAAUGGAAGAAUAUGAACGGUGUACAGGACGUGAGGUCAAGGGACUGCAAAGUAGUCAGGGUCUCACAGGCUUCACUCUGUCUCUGGUGGGCUCCCUCUGUCGCCUGGUUCGGUACCUUAAAGAGAGUGAGCUCCAACUGCGUAAAGAAGUGGAGACAAGGCAGCAACUGGAACAAAUGUUAGGUGAUCAUCGAGAGCUCAUUGAUGCUCUUACAGCUGAAAUUCUUCUUCUCAGAGAAGAAAAUACCACAACCCAGGCAAGGCUUCAGCAGUACAUGGUCACAACAGAUGAGCAACUUAUAUCGCUCACACAUGCCAUGAAGAACUGUCCUGUGAUAAAAAGCAAUGAAGAAAAUCAGGCAUCAGAAAGGGGAUCUACGAGUAGGAAAAUUAUAGACAGUCCAGAGUGCCCAGCUGUAAAUGCUGAUGUCUCUGUGCCGUUGGUGUUCCGAGGGGAAGAAGUGGCUGCAUUGGCACAGGAAGACUUGCCUGUUAAACUGUCUCAGGUGCCAGCCCCGCCGGGUAGUGCGAACGUGGCCACCAGUUUUCCGGCACAUGUAUUUGAGCCAGCUGUGUUGUUAACACCACCCAGGCAGAAGAGCAGCUCCGGAUUCUCUCCCUUGCAGGAAGUAUUGAGGAGGACUGUUCAAACUCGCCCUGCUCCACAAAUUCCUCCAACUGUGGAAAUAAUUGAGAAGGAACAAAAUUGGGAAAGGAAGACUUUACCUACUGGCACAGACAAUCAGAAUCCAAAUGAAGAAAGUCACCUCUUCACUCAGAGGUGGAGGGUCUCUCACAUGGGGGAAGAUCUGGAGAACAAAGUCCAGGCUCCUUUUGUUAACCUCUCACAGCCCUUCUAUAGUUCCCAUUCACACACUCAGCAGGCCAGAAACCCCGAGUUCUCAGAAGAGCCCCCAGUACUGGGAGAGGGGCAACAGCUUAGAGCAAAUGAGGCAUUAACACAAAGAAAGGACAUCAUGGCCCGGAUCGCAGAGUUGACACUGCAGAACUCAGCUAUCAAAGCACAUCUGAAUAAUAUUAUUGGGCCAGGAGGAGAGCAAGGGGAUGGACUUCGGGAAUUAAACAAACAAGAGACCAGUCAUGCAAGCGACGUGGCUGCAACUUAUCCAACAACACAGCCUUUCACACCAAGUAGCAUGGAGGAACGGAUUGCAGAAUUGAAUCGGCAGAGUAUGGAGGCUCGUGGAAAACUCUUGCAGUUAAUAGAGCAACAGAAACUUAUUGGUUUGAAUCUUUCUUCCCCACCAGUAUCACCUAUUCCAUCACCUCUCAGAGCAUGGACUGAAGGAGGAAAGAGGACGAUUGAAGUAUCCAUUCCAGGAGCAGAAGCCCCAGAAAGCUCAAAAUGCAGUACUAUCUCUCCUACCAGUGGGAUAAAUUCAAGAAGGUCUUCAGGGGCUACUAGUAAUUCUUGUUCUCCAUUAAACGCCACCUCAGGAAGUGGGCGAUUCACUCCUGUUAAUCCAAGAGCAAAGAUUGAGAAGCAAAACGAAGAAGGCUGGUUUGCUCUUUCUACCCACGUGUCAUAAAUGAAGUUAGUUGUACAGUUUGUUCUUGGUAGCAUGUUCUUGAACUUCCACUCCCAUAUCCCUGCCCCUGCUUGCAAGUUUUCAUGUCCCUUUAGAUAAAACCUUCAAAGAUCUUGUGACUUAGUACUUAUGGAACAAAGAAUAAAGCAGUUAUUUCAGUUUGGACCUUUGCAAAUAAAUUUCCAACAACUAACCAACGUACAACCUCCUUUGAAUAAAAUUUUGACUAUAGGAAAAUUGAA